UUAAACUUUAAUGGAGCGUGGCGUUAAUAAAGAAGAAAAUAAAAGCCAAAAAAUGAAAGGAAAAUUACGCAAGUUUGAUAAAACCCUUUUUGUGUUUCUUACAGAAUAAAUUUGGUCGAUCAACUGCAACAUUCAUAAAUUCUUCGUACUACAAAGUCAUGAAAUGAUUUCGCUGGGAGUUUUCAUUUGAGUAUAGUAAAGAAUCACAGGAAAAACUUUGAAAAGAAAGAAAGAAGUGAAAAAAGUUAUCGAAGAAUCUUUGAAAAGUAAAACUAAGCCGGAAGUGAUAAAGAAAGUAAACAAAGUAACAACAUAUCAUCGAGAACAAUGCCAUCACCAUCAACGGAUGCAAUGGACACAAGCAGUCAAUAUUCAUCGUGUGAAACUCUUGACAGUCAUCGAUCCAGUGAAUGCGAUGAGAAAAGUGAAGUGAAUGGAAAUGAUGGUCACAGACCGAGCAAGAAAGUAUCCGUGGAACAUACGGAAUACAUUCAAAAAGAAAGAAUCACUCGUGCAGCGCCACCCAAACCAGCCUACAAUCCAAUGCAGUUUGUCGCAAUAAAGCCAAGCAAUUUAUUUCAAACAGCUCAAGAGCAGCUAAAGAAAGCCGAAGAGAUUCGAAAAGCAAAGGAAGUAAAUCGUAAAGAAGAACCAGAAGAUUGGCAAAACAAUCUAGACAAUUGGAAAUCGUCGCGUCGAAAACGAGUCGAGCAUAUCAUUGAUCGUGUUGUGGAAGUGAAAAAGUUGGAAGAGGAAGAGCACGAUCGUAAUCGUCGAAAAUCAAAAACAUUUAAUGAAUUGAGAGAAGAACGUGGAUCACGUAGUAAACUGUCAUCGCUCGCCAUUUAUCCGGAAGAAGAUUCGUCUAUCGACAUGAGCGGUCUGAAAGCAUCGUCGGAAGCUAAUGAUGAUUCAAGUGAUAUAUCUAAGAUAAAUAGUGAUAAUCAUCAAGAUGAUGUAGAUAAGAAUCAACCAAAUGAUACAAAGGCAAAUGACGAUGCAAUCAACAACAACAACAAUAACAGUAAUGGAAAUUUCCAUUCAACGGCACUCAUCAAAGAUGUCAUUCAUAAAACACCGACGAUGAUGCAUCGGGAAGUGCAACAAAACACGGAAAUUGAAGAACGAAUGACGGUUGAUUUGGCAAGUAAAACUUAUACAAUGUCUGUGUCAACAAAAACAACGACAGCGACGACAAAACCACCAUCAAUAAGAUCAUCUUUUGAAUCACGUGAACGUGAUUACACUUAUGAUGAUGCAAUUGAAGAUUACAAGAGUCGCGUUUCAAAAACGACAAAAUUGGACCUUCCCAAAGUUGACAUUCACAAGCGACGUGAAUUGUUUGAGAAAGAAACGAAAGAUGAUGCUGUCGUUGGAAAUGGUAACAUUAGUACAAGUGCGGCAGCUUCCAAAUUGGGAACGGAAAUUGUCAGCAUUAAAGAUCGUAUUUCAAGUUUAAGAAACAAUUUAGCGACAACAACAAUCAGUGCUUCGCCACCGAAAAAAGUUGAAUUACCAACCACGACGAAAUUAAAGGAUCGUUUGUCGAGUCUUCAACUUUCGUCACCAGUUGACGAACCGAAACGUAAUCCCGUUGAAGCGCAAUUCAAAAACAUUCAAGAGGUAAAGAAUGAAUUUGAAACAAAACAACAACAGCAACAUCCAAACCACAACACCAACAACAAUAACGUGAAUGUUAAGUUGGUAGUGAAUGAUGAUAAUGAGUCCUUGGGAUCGACUGACCGUGAAGACAGCGGCAUUCAAACAACAGAUGUUUCUUGUGCUGUCUCACAAGCUGAUGAACAGACAGAGCAACACAUUGACGAGUUUCAGCAUGUCAUAGAAGAGAAAAUCACCAAGCUGAAUGAUAAUGAACUUGUUGUGAAGGAAACUGCAGACCAAGUUAAAGAAAAGGAAGUAACAAAGGAUGAAGCUGAAGACGUGGAGACAAUCGAUGAUGAAUCAAGCGUGAUUGAAGAAGCUUUGGAUAUGGCGUUUAAAAUGAUUGAUAACGAGAAUGAAGCUGAACCGGAGCCAAAUGAACAAACUUCAGUUGAAUUAGUUGGAAACUCAAAUUUACAACAUAACUUGGAAGGACAAAUUUAUCAAAAUGUUCAAGGCACCAACUCUGUUGACACUAAGGAAAACAUCAUCAAAACGGAGCCACAUUAUCAAGUGCCUCGCUCACGAGAACCUUACUACGAGAUACCGAAGAAACCUUUGCCAAUCCCUGUCUACGAAAAUGUUGAAUUAAUGUUCCCAGCAUCGUCAGACAGUUCACGAUUUUCGAUGGCUGAAAGCAAUGAAAGUUUUGGCAUUGAUGAUGGAACGGAAAUGGUUUUCCCAAUCGAUCAAUCUAAAUAUUUGAUUAUGGAGCCACCAAAAGAAAAGCCACCACCAUUGCCAGCCCAAGAACAAGUCGAGUUAAGCCAUGAUGAUCAGUUGGAUAAUUUCAAACGAAUCAAUUCAACGAAGAGAAUUAAAAAAGAAAUUCGUAACAAACGAUCGAGUUUCUUGGGAAUUGAAGGACAAGAGUUUGAUGAUUAUGCUUUUGAAAUGUCAAUUGCACCUCCACCAGAUAUGCAAGCUUUAUUGCAAGAAGAAAAACGAUUGGAGAAGCAAUUAUAUGAAAAAGUUGGACUUUAUCAAAACUCUGAUAAUGGCGAAAGUCGUGAUUCGGGCUUAUCGGACAAUCACUCACGACAGAGCAGUGAACCAUCUUCAACAUCAUCUGAAGUGGAACAGACAAUGGGAGAAAUGAGUUCGGGAAUAUUAAUGAGCGAACAACGUGGCAACUUUAAAAGUUAUACAGUGAAUGAAGAUGAUAACAGAAUGAAGACUUUGGAAGAACAAAUCAGUAAGCAAGAGAAAUAUUCUAAUUACCAUCAUCAUCAUGACUCAUUCGAUGAUGAUCAUCAGGAAGUCUUACGAGUGGAACAGCUUCUCUUGCAAAUUGAACAACAAGAGUUAAAACGUCAACGUGAGAACUUAAUUUUACGUAAGAAUCUUGCAAGACGUGAACUCGAUGAAGGCGUAAAAAUGUUGAUGACUAACAAUCCUUCGAGCUUAUCACUUCAAGAUUUGAACAAUGUUUCCAAUGCCAUGCUAACAAAUGGAAAUUCACAUUAUGAGAACAUAAAUAAUCAUCACCACCAUCACAUGCAUCCAAUUCAACAACAUCAGACGUUGUCGUCGACGUCUUAUCAAAUAAAUGAUUAUCGUAAAUCUAUGCCUAAUUUACAGGAAUUUUCAAACGGAUGGAAUUCUAAUGGUCAUCAAGUUUACCAACAACAACUCUCAACAUCGCCAGCAGUUCCAUCAUCCUAUCCAUAUUCCGAUGGAUUGACUACAACAUCAAGCAAAUCGGAAAUGCAAUUGAAUCAUAAUAAUUUGGUUCCGAAGCCCUAUCAACCUCCAGCACCACCACCUACAUCAACAACACAUCAUCACUCUAAUAAUGUCUACAAUAACAUGACACGACAUGCGCUUAUGCAGAUAAGUGCUGUCCCAAAGCCAAAAUUAACAAAUGAUUGGGUUCAAUACAGGAAAUCCGAGCCGGUGAAACCAUCAAUAAACUCACAUUGGCUCAUACAAGAGGCUGAACAACGUCGCAUCGAGCAAAUGAAUAAUGUCCGUUCAAAUGGUGUCGCUGCUAAUGGAAACAGUAAAAAACCACUUCCAGAAUCUGUUAUUCAAACACUCACACAGCGAGUACAGAACAUGGGCUUAGGAGUGAAUGUAAACAAAAGAUAUACGAUAUUCGAUUCAAAACAGAUGCCGCCAAUAGUCCAACCGCCAAGUCAAACUCCAUUAUUGAUGGUGUCACAUAAGCAACCUCAGCCAACAAGCAACAUGAUUCACAAUCCCUUGUCACCGUCACAACAGCCACCAUUACCACCAGUUCCCAUAUUGCCUCCACAGUUAGAUGUUUUGAGUGUAUCAAGUAAGAAAUUGUGCUCUUAUUGUAAUCACGAGUUGGGCUCUGGAGCUGCAAUGAUAAUCGAAAAUCUCGGAUUAUUUUAUCACAUCGACUGUUUCAAAUGUAGCGUUUGUCAGACGCCUAUCUCCGAUGGAAAUAUUCAUGGCACCGAUGUAAGAGUUCGAAAUUCUCGACUCCAUUGUCACAAUUGCUUCUCAAACGAAGAGGGAGUGAAAUUUUCGUGCGUGUGAUUGAUUAAUCAUUCAUUUCCCUCUCUUAUGACGUAAGAGCUUUUCCUUUCUUAUUUUUUUAUUAUUUUCCUUUUGUGUGAACAUUACGGAAACUGCUGAUGAUCAGUCGAAUGUGUAAAUGUUUAUUUCCCUCUUUCAUUUUACACGUUUCUCUGACAGUCUUUUUUAUCUUUUAUAGUAGAUCUUAUUUUCCUUUUUAUUUUUCUUGCAUGAGGCAGAAGAAUUUUUUAAAUUAUGUACGACACGAAAUAUUUAAAUAAAAAAAGAAAUUAAAAUUAUCUAUGUUACUGUAACAUCAUAAGCUAACAUCCCCCAAAACUUGACUUAAUCUCUUCCCUUAAAAAUUACUUUUACUUUCUCUCUUCACCCGUCGAUGAUCAAACCAAAGAAAGAAAGAAAAAAACCAUCAUGAAGAUGAAAAAUCGAGGUCAUUGCCGAUAGAACAAACACGAUUUUUUUUUCUUUUUCCUGAAACGGAAGCAAAGGCGAUUGAUGAUAAAUGAUAACGCUUCCUUAUUCUCUCUACCAUAGCUCGUUUUGUUUGCUGAUGAUGAUAGAAAUAGAAAAUAUCCAAGGGAAAAGAAAUCCCAAAAAUAAAUAAACUUGAGAAACAUUUCGAUGAAAAUUUAAUCUUUUCUACGCGGAAAUGAAACCGAGAAGGAAAGAAAAUUCUUUGAUUACAAAUUAAAGCGCGAGAAUGCGAGAGAAAAAAGCGAUAAAUCGAACGAUUUCGAACCCAUCAAAUUAAAUAAACUUUAUUUUGCUUUUUUUUAUUGCUCUUGUGUUUACAGAUUUUUAUAUUUUUAUAGACAAUAAUUUUUUUAUUGUGUUUAUCGUGUAACCAACUCAUCCUUGUUCAAUGUUUAUCUGAAUAAUGUACAAUGUGUAAGAGAUAUCUUUUAAAAAAAAUUUCAUUUACGAUUCAUUGGAUGCCUGAAGCCUUUUGCUUCUUUUAGGUAUUUGAUUUUAUUUUUUAUCUUCCCAACUUGAUUUUUUUCUUUCUAAUCUCAAUCCCAAUGAAACAUCAAACAUUUCAGUUCCCAUGGGAAUGUAUGAGAAAAGGGAAAUUCUCCUUUUACAAAAGAAAAGUUUCAAGAAUUGAAUUAGAAAAUAAAAAAGCGCUGCAAAGUUCUUAAAGCUUCUUUUCUCUCUUACUGUUAAAAAGAAAAAAAAAGAAAGAUCAAAACGAUUCGUUUUCAUUUUUGUAUAUUGUGAAUAAUAAAUUUUUUAAGUUCCGAAAAAAUACUUUUUUCCCCGUUGUAUUGUAUGUUUCUAUUCUUUUUUUAAGUAGAUAUUUGGAUGCGGAUUGAGAGUGUCUAGAGAAUGUAUGAAGUAAGAAAGAAAAUGAUAAACAUAAAAUUUUAUUAUAAAGCAGAAACGUUCGUAGUUGUAGAUGAGAAAAGCAAAAUAUUAAAAGAUAGUUAUUGCAUAAAUAUGAUUAAGAUAACUGUAUUACUCUUCGAAGAGAGGAAAUUCAAUAAAAGAAUGUGAAAUUGAUAAUGGAAAG